CUCGGGCGGCUUUAGGAUGGCAACGGCGGGCAAACGUAAAUCACGGGCCACCGAGGCAGAAGAGAGCGGAGGCGGCAGCAGCACCAGCCGCGACAACCACCGCCGUAAGGGAUCCGUCGCCACUACUGCGCCGGAAGCGGGUGUUCGAGGCGAGAGAGACUCGUCGUUCGUGAGAGGUUCCAUCGUCAGGAUCGCCAUGGAGAACUUCCUAACUUACGAUAAUUGUGAGAUGUUUCCAGGACCUCAUUUAAAUAUGAUAGUCGGAGCUAAUGGAACUGGUAAAUCAAGCAUUGUUUGUGCCAUAUGCCUGGGACUGACAGGGAAGCCUUCUUUCCUAGGACGAGCAGAUAAGGUUGGUCACUAUGUGAAGCGAGGUUGCAACAAGGGAAAAAUUGAAAUUGAGCUGUUUAAGCAACCAAACAACCUCAUUAUCAGGCGAGAAAUUUCUGUAGAGAACAACCAGUCAGCAUGGUUUAUUAAUAACAGCCCUUCCACUCUCCGAACAGUAGAAGAUCAAGUCUCAGCAUUAAACAUCCAAGUAGGCAAUCUGUGCCAGUUUCUUCCACAGGACAAAGUUGGGGAAUUUGCAAAAUUAUCCAAGAUUGAGCUACUCGAAGCUACAGAGAAAUCAGUUGGUCCUCCAGAAAUGUACAAAUUUCACUGUGAACUGAAGAACUUCAGGCAGCGGGAGCAAGAACUUGAGAAUUCCUGCAAAGAGAAGAGUGUUAACCUUGAAAAACUGAAGCAAAAGAAUGAAAGGUAUAAGCAAGAUGUGGAGAGAUACCAUGAAUAUAAGCGUCAUCUGGAUUUAAUUGAAAUGCUUAAAAGAAAGAGACCUUGGGUGGUAUAUGAAAAUGUUCGUCAGCAGUAUGAAGAGGUGAAACAAAGACGAGAUCAACAGAAGGAAGAAUUAAAAGUACUAAAACAUGCACGGUCUCCAGUAGUUGAUCAGAUUCGACAGGCUGAGGAGCAGUGUGCAAGUCUGAAUGCCAUAAAUAAAGAAAAGAUGGCAGCUAUCAAAGAAACAUCCCAAAAAUGUAAACAGCAACAAGAUGCUUUGGAGAGAAAAAACAAACAAAUUGAGGAGAUUAAGCUAGCUUUUAGGAUGAAGAAAGAUGAAGAGAUGGAUCGACAGAAGAGAAUUCACAACACUCGUAAGAUGAUAGAAGAUUGGAAUAAUGAACUAAGAAAUACAGAUAACUGUGAUGAUAUUCAACCCCAAAUCAAUUCUAUUAAUGCUGAACUGGGACGCUUGAUGGAAGAGAAGGCACAUAUUGAUGGUGAAAUUGCAAAUGGGCUCCUUGAAAAGGAGAACAUACAUAGAGACAAAAAGGGGAUAACUGAUCGCAUUGCACAAUUUGAUAAUAUGAUGACUAUGAAAGAAGAGAAGCUCAGAGGAAGACACAAAGACACAUACACUGCUCUUCUGUGGCUAAGAAAGAACAAAGACCGGUUUAAAAGAGAUGUCUGCGACCCCAUGAUGCUUGCAAUCAAUAUGAAAGACCAGAAGCAUGCUAAAUAUAUAGAAAAUCACAUUUCAUCUAAUGAUAUGAGAGCCUUCGUUUUUGAAACCCAAGAAGAUAUGUCUAUCUUUCUAAGAGAGGUACGUGAUAAACAGAGACUAAAAGUGAAUGCUGUAAUUGCCCCUAGUGAAUCGUGUGCUGAAACCAGACCUUUCAAACCAAUUGAAGAACUCAAACGCUAUGGUUUUUUCUCUUACCUGCGAGAGUUAUUUGAUGCACCCCAACCAGUGAUGAGUUACCUGUGCCAGCAAUAUCGUGUUCAUGAGGUCCCUGUGGGAACAGAGAAGACGAGAAAUAUGAUUGAAAGGGUCAUAAAUGAAACCCACCUGAAGCAAAUGUACACUGCAGAAGAAAAAUAUGUGGUGAAAGUGUCUUCAUACACAAAUCAAACUCUUACUAGUAACACGUCAUUAAGGGCAGCCCAGUUCCUGAAUGUCACGGUGGAUACAGAUGAAAGAAGGCAGUUGGAAAUUCAACUCCAGCAAAUUAAUAGGAAUUUGACAUUGCUGAAUUCUCAAAUGACUACGCUAUCAGAGAGACAGAAAUCUCUGGAACGGAGAGACAAUGAACUCAGACAACAGAAGAAGGAGCUUUUGGAACGAAAAAACAAAAGGAAGCAUCUGGAAUCAAAACUUAGUAUGAAACAAGAGAGUUUAAGACAGAUGGAACAAGAUGCCAUCAACUUGGAAGAAGAGUCUGAACAGGCGAAUAUUAAAAUCAGAACAGUUAAUGUUCAGAAAGUAAAACUUGUGACAGACCUGAUGAAGCUCAUAGAGAAUUGUAUGAUCCUGAACAAACAUAGAAUGGAUUUAGUUCUACAGCAUACUGCAGCUGUUUUUCACAAGAAUCGACUUGAGGAUGAACAUCAAGCUGCGACUGCAAAGUUAAAAGCUGUUGAGCAACAGUUUAUGGAGCUGGAAAAAAAAAGGUGCAGUCUCUUAGAGAACUGUAAGGGUUUAAUGCGUAAAGCUAGGCAGGCUUGUAACCUUGGCCCAGAUCAAAAAAUCCCUGAAGACUUUUGCCAUGCAUUCCAGGCUCUUCCUAGCACACUGGAUGAAAUUGACGCUUUACUGAAUGAGGAGAAAUCAAGAGCUUCCUGCUUCACAGGCCUCAGUGCUUCAGUUGUUGAAGAGUGUAACAAAAGGGUUGAAGAAAUAGAACAGAUGACACUGGAGCUGCAGGAAAAGAAAAAAGAGUUGAAUGACUUUAGGCAAAACAUUUCACAGGUUAAGGAAAAGUGGCUAAACCCCCUAAAAGAGCUGGUUGACCGAAUCAAUAACAAGUUCAGUAGCUUUUUUCGUUCCAUGCACUGUGCAGGAGAAGUGGAUCUUCACACAGAAAAUGAGGAAGACUAUGAUAAAUACGGGAUUCGCAUUAGAGUCAAAUUCCGCAGUGCCACUCAGCUUCAUGAACUGACUCCACACCACCAGAGUGGAGGGGAGAGAAGUGUUUCGACUAUGUUGUAUUUGAUGGCUUUGCAGGAAAUCAACAGAUGCCCAUUCAGAGUAGUAGAUGAAAUAAAUCAGGGAAUGGACCCAGAAAACGAAAGGAGAGUCUUUGAUGUGGUGGUAGAAACUGCUUGCAGAGAGAGUACUUCUCAGUACUUCUUUAUUACACCAAAGCUCUUGCAGAACCUCACUUACACGGAGAAGAUGACUGUGUUGUUGGUCUACAAUGGACCUUCCAUGCUAGAAUCAAAUAAAUGGGACUUAAAGGCUUUCCAAAGGAGACGACGGCGACUUCAGCAAUGACUAAUCAAUAAAGACCUUCUUGAUGCUUUUCGGAACCCAGAACAAAAAUUAGUUGGAGAAGACUGGAAAACUCAGCCAGUUUAAGAAUCGAUAGAACUAAUAACUUCCUCAGAUACAAGGACCAUAUGGAAAAGAAGGAACCUUUAAUUCUUUUUAGUGUAACACCAGGAUUUUUAAUGUUUUUUUGAUGAUGUUCAGGUCAGACCUCAGCAUGCUCAACUGAGUAAUGCAGUCUUCCUCCACUGGUUUGUCCAUGGUAUCUUCAGGCCCUGUGUUUGUUGCCUUCUGUUUACAAUAUAGAACCUUGCAGAGGCCAUUGAUAGCCAACAUUUUAUGUGCUUACAAUCUGUGUAUAUAUGAUCUUUUUUUUAAUCCUUUUGAUUAUUAUCUUCUUAAGGACUGUGUGCCAUAUUUGGGGGGUUAGAUGUGAAGAAGAAUGUUUUCAUUCUGGUCUUUGGCAAUAAUUGAAAGAAAUAUUACUGUGGUCUUUCACUUGUGGCCAUCUUUCACAGUUUUGACAUACUACUUUUUAUAUAUCCUGUAAAUGUUCUGAUAUACCUGUUGGAUUUGCUGGUGAAAUGGUAAAGAUUUCACAAAAUCUCUUCAAUUGGAAAAUUUAACAUUUGUAACUGUAAACAGUUGUGAACUCCAAAGAAUGUUUGUUGAAUAUCCUUUUUAAAGAUAUGAUGUCUGUAAUUAAUGUUUGGCACUAGAUACAAAAUGUACAGGUUAUUCACUUGCUGGUUAGGUACCAUCUGAACUGAAUAUUCCAGAGGAAGAAAUACUUUCAGACUCUUGUGAAGACAAAGAUACAAUGUCUGGCUUUUAUUUAAAAAUCUUGAUCUCAGAACAAUUUCUUUGCUGUUUGCUUGUAUUAUAAAACAUCCCAUCUUUUUAUGUGAUGGAGAAUACUAAAUUUUACCCCAAAUGGUUUUAUAUCUUUUGCCAAAAAUAUUAUAGCAAUUUUUGUAAAAUAAAUUUGU